CUUGUAGAACGAUUGGGCAGAAACUGCUUUGCAAAACGCACCAAGACCAAACGAACCCAUUCCCGAGUCAUGUAUCAAUAUAUAUUAUGUAAUUAACAAGAACGAAAAGGUAAAUGCAACACAUAGGGAAGCUAAUUCUCGAUUCGCAUACCAGACAACUAAAUGCAAGGCAAUUUUCAGAAAGUUGUUGACAAAGUAUAUCUUGUGACUUGGUUGCCAAUUGCCGAACAUCAAAAAGCUUUUAGAGAACUGAAUUUGGUCUGGGUAGAGCGUCAUUUCAAGGUUGAAAAGUCCGACAUAAACCAGCUUGAGCGCCCGCAAGAGAGUAUCAUCGACCCUGGUGGUGAGAUUAUUUUGUUGCAACAUGCCGAAGAGAUCAUAGGCACAGUGGCGGUGGUCUCCGAACAUGGCGAAUAUGAACUCUCAAAGAUGUCAGUAUCAGAUCACCAUCAGGGCAAGGGAUACUCUCACCUUCUUAUGUAUGCUUCUCUCGACUGGGCAAAAGCACGCAAUAUUCCAGAGAUCACCAUUCUCUCCAGUCAAAGACUAGCCAACGCUAUCAACCUGUACAAACAACAUGGCUUCAAAACCAUUCGCCUUGGGGCCCAUCCCAACUAUGAGCGUUGCGAUAUCAUCAUGAAAUGGACAUCUGAUAAAUUGUGAUUUCAAUAAAUCAAAGUGUAGUAAUGAAUAUAUAGCGAAGUUUAUCUUUUUGCCA